AUACUGAAUCCAACAGUGUUCUAGAACAGUCACAACUAGUUCUCAACGUUGUUUUUUAUUUUUCAUCAGUGCUUUAUUACUACUCACCGUUCAAUUCAAAAAUGGCGUUCAUACAGUGCACACUCGCCGCUCUCCUGCUGCAUGUGGCUUGCGGAAGCUACCUGGCUCACCGUGCUGCCGCUUACCAUGGUGCUGCACCCGCUGCAAUCGGUUACCACCACGGUGGCGCACCUGCUGCUUACCACCACCAGGGUUAUGAUGAUGCCCAGUCUUAUGACUACGCUGCAUACCCGGCUUACUCGUCAGCCAGCACCUACCAAGCUGACUACCCUAGCUACUCCUCCAAACCCGUCGACUACUACUCGCCGCCCAAGUACUCUUUCAACUACGGCGUGAAGGACUACCACACCGGUGACGUCAAGGACCAAUGGGAAGAGAGAGACGGUGACGUUGUCAAGGGUGAAUACAGCCUGGUCGAACCAGACGGUACCACACGCAAAGUCACGUACACCGCCGACGACCACAACGGUUUCAACGCGGUCGUACACAAGUCCGGCACUGCCCAUCACCCAGCCCAGGUCGCCCACGCACCAGUCUACCACCACGCUUACCGCCGUUGAGAUCAAUUAAAACGAAUCGCCCAAACAGUAAACCGUUGGUUACCAUACGUUAUAAUAUUAUUAGGCAUUAUUUUUUCUUUUAGACAUACGUUUAUAAGCGUAUAACUUUAAUAUAUAAUAUAUUAUAUAGCA